GCAAGAGGACAGCAGUCAACAAGUGGACAAGUGGACAAGUGAACAAGUGGACAAGUGGACAAGUGAACAAGUGGACAAGUGGACAAGUGGACAAGUGAACAUGAGGGCUUUGACUUCCGCCCGUGGCCAAGAGGAAGCCGUGACCGUCAGGAGGAGCGAGUCGGCGGACGCUCAGGGGAUCGACCGCCUCAUCGGGCCCUCGGCUGUGGCGCUUUUUGGAAGGGUCAAUGUCAUCCAUCUUCUAGAGAAAGCCAAUCUGGCCGUGACUCUGGCCAAUGGAAAGGACGAGAUUGUGGCCCACGCGUCGUUCUUCGAUCACCCCAUCGGAGACGUGGUGGAUCAGACCCGCUGGGAACCUUUCCUGCAGAGCCACCUCGGCGCUGAAGCGUGCACACCUUUGAACACACUCUUCCUCCACCUCUUCGUGGCACAGAAGGAUUUUGCCGCAGCGAGUGCAAAGAAAAUAAUGAGGGCCGUGUUCGACGCCGUCUCAGAGCUGGAGCACGUCUGCCUGGUGGGCCCCCACGUGGCUGCUCUAGAGCCGGCGCUGCAGGACGUGUUCGAGCCGCUGCAGCGCGCGACGGAGGCGGGGCCUCGCUGCUCGGCGCUCAUAGGCCACAGACACCGGCACUGCCCGAAGCUCCACAUCCGCCCGGCCAGGGUUGAGGAUCACGAUGACCUCAUGGACAUAUUUGAGGAGCAGGCGAAACUUCUGCCCUCCUUCGACCGGCCGUACUUCCUGGCAGAGCUCCUGGACUCUCAGGACCAGAAGAAUCACGCCGCGGUUUGUGAGAGUGACGGGGUCCCCGUCGGCCUCGUCCUCUUCACCUGUGACGUGGACCUGAAUCUUCUGGACGAGCUCUUUGAGUUGAGCUUCCUGGACGGUUUCCAGGAACCUGCAGCGAGCACAACGCGGAGCUCCGCCUCCCCGCCGGAGGAAACACAGUCGACGGGACAUAUUUCUGAGAGUUCCAACGUCGCCAGCAUUCAGGCCUUCGUCAUUGACAAAGAUUAUGAAACAAGAUCCGUGGACUUUAUUCCAUACAUAUUCAACUUUUUCCCUGACCUGGACUUCUGCAUCAUCUCCGUGCCGACCACCUCCCCUGAGUUCCCGUUGCUGCAGAGCUUCCUCAGAGUGCCGCCUCGCGCCUCCCGCUCGCCGCCACGCCAACUCUACGUCCUCCACCGCGCCGGGCUCAGCGUCGUGGAGGUGAGGCCGGCCGCGGCUGCAGACCGGCCGGCCGUCUCUGAUCUGGUGACGGGUCUGAGACUCAGCGGGUCCCUGCUGCGAGACCUGGACCGCGUCUACGAGACCCGCAGAGACCCGGACGGCGUGCCGCUGCAGGCCUUCGUGGCCCAGGUGCUCGGGCAGGUCGUGGGGGUCCUGAUCCUCAGAGACGAACAGGACAUCCGGUACCUGUGCGCCCGCUUCAACGUGGAGAACUUCAUCUACUUCAGCCACCACGGCGCCGAGGAGCACGCUCAGGUUCUCCACCUGGUCCUCAAGCGCUGCUGCCGGCCCUCCGGCAGACACCUGUUCAAGGAGGUGCUGCGGCUGGCCCGCCGGUCCUGCCUGUUCCACCGGAGCUACCCCCCCAGCCACCCAGGCCAGGAGGAUUCCUGCGUCCACCAUCUGGACUUCGUGCUGGACUGCGCGGUCCCCGUCCGCCCGCGACGCCAGAUCGUCUACCCGCUGGAGGAGCUCGGCGUCAACGCGCCUUCCAGGCAGAUCACAGAGGACCAGGCUCCGUUUGCCCUCAGCCUCGUCAGCAGGAAGUUGACCUUGGAGCCCAAGGUCACCGUCAACGCCAGGAUCGUGGUGGUCGGGGCGUCGGACACGGGGCUGUCUUUCCUGGAGGUGCUUUGUCUCUGCCCCCACCUGAGGUUCCACAACCUGACGCUCGUCUCCACGCACGGUUACCCCGGCGACCACGGCGACCACGAGGACGUCGGGUUUCUGUCCACAAGUCACGCCUUCAGCAGCAGAGACUUGGCCCAGCUCCCUCUGCACUCCUGCGUUACCGUGGUGACCGGGAAGAUGGUGGGCAUCAACAGGAAGUCCAAAUGCGUCCGGGUGUCCGGCGGUGCGAAGGUGCCCUACGAUCACCUGGUCCUCUGCACGGGCCUCCAGUACCAGGUUCCCCGUCCCACCGGUGUGGAUCCCAGCCGGUCCUGGCCCGGAUCCAGAUACACCGGGCCCGUCCCCUCCAACCUCUUCACCCUCAACGACCUCCACGACUGCUCGGCCGCUCGCCGCUGGCUGCGCGCCAACUUUGUGGAGCUGGAGGGCGACGCCGUCGUCUACGGCAGCGGCGUCGACGUCUUCACCACCGCGGAGGCUUUGCUCGGCCUCGGCGUCCGGGGUGGGCGUGUCCACCUGGUGCUCACGCCUCCCGAGCUCCCGGGCGCCUCCGGCCUCGGCGACCCCGUCGUGGAGAAAGCCGUGGCGGUGGCCCUCGGGGAGGCCGGGGUGCGGGUCCACCGCGGCCGCCUGCUGGCCCAGAUGAACGACGGGGAGGUGAACCCGGAGCCGCUCGCCUCCGUGACCUUCGCCUCCCACGAGGAGGAGGAGCCCCUCCUCCGGCUGCGGUGCGGAGUGUUCCUCAACGUCUCCAACAAAGGAGUCGACCGCGACGCCUUCCAGAGCAUCAACAACUCCUUCCUGGUCUUUGACAGCCGGCUCGUCGUCAGCGCCUCUUUCCACACCAGCGAUCCGGCCGUCUCCGGCGCCGGACCGCUCACCAAGCUCUCCCGCUGCUACUACGCGGACGAGUGGUCGCACGCCAACUUCAACUCCAAGGAGGUGGGCCGCGACCUGGCGGCCAUGUUGCUGCCCCUCUUCGACCCGACGCUGGAGGUCGCGGUGGAGCGUCCUCCGCCCGACGGGGGUCGCCUCGUGCCGCUUUACAAGCAGCCCAAGGUCAAAGGUGGGAAGCUGCCCGGAGGGUUCAACUACCUGCACGUCACCAAGCCGCCUCCCACCGAGCCAACAGGCGCCCAACAGUUGCAGGACGGCGGCAUCGUGACGGGCCGGCCGGAGACGGGGAACUACUUCCGCUUGCAGCUGGACGCCGGCGAGCUGGUGGAGACGCUCACCUGCCUGUCCCUGAAGCCCCUCCCCUUCUCCAACUACCUGAGUCUGUUCGGGAAGCACCAGCAGCUGCUGGGCCGGCUGAGCAGCCGCUACCAGCAGGGCCUGGUCCACGACCUGCACAGCUUCUUCACCCAGAGCUGCUGUGUCUCCGUGUACCUCGACAGGUUCUCUGACUUCCAGCUCGAGCUUCAGCAGAUCAACUCCAACGCAGUCGGUGCUUUUUAUGUUUAUUUAAGUCGUUUUGAGACGGAGGAGGAGCUCUCGUCUCUGAGGAGCAGCGCCGUGAAAUAUCUGACCUACAACCGGAACCUGCUGCCCAUGUUCGCCUCCCCGGGACAGCUGUGACAUCACGGUGUGACAUCACGGUGUGACA